AUGGGUGAAAUGCAAAGUGCCUGUUGGGUUUUCGAGACCAUGCAGACAAGAAAUUUGGUUUCAUGGAAUGUCAUGAUAUCGGGGUGUACUCAAAAUGGUCUGGUACAUGAGUCUUUUGUCUUCUUCCACAGAUUAGUCACAAGUGAUGGUAGGUUUGAUUCUGGGACUAUGGUGAGCCUUGUUCAGGGCUGUUCUCAAACAGCUGAUCUGGAAAGUGGAAAAAUCCUACAUUGUUGUGCUUUUAGGAGGGGUUUUGAUUUAAAUCCCAUUUUUUCCACUGCCAUUGUUGAUCUGUACUCUAAAUGUGGUGCAAUAAAGCAAGCACCUUUUGUCUUCGACAGAAUGGAAGGGAGGAACAUGAUUACAUGGACUGCUAUGCUGGUAGGAUUGGCAGAAAAUGGGCAUGCAGAAGAAGCCUUGAAACGAUUCUGUCAGAUGCGAGAAAAGGGAAUUGCUGCAAAUUCGGUAACUCUUGUUAGUUUAGUCCAUUCUUGUUCCCGUUUAGGCUCUCUGAAGAAAGUAAGGAGUGUUCAUGGUAAUUUAAUUCAGCAUGUCCAUGCAUUUGGUGUAGUUAACAUGACAGCCUUGAUUGAUGUGUAUGCGAAGUGUGGAAAAAUAAAGUAUUCUGAGAGGAUAUUUGAAAAUUGUUCCAUUUGUAGAGAUGUUAUCCUAUGGAACUCUAUGAUAACAAGCUAUGGUAUUCAUGGUUAUGGACUGCUAGCUCUUGGCGUUUAUAGAAGAAUGAAGGAUGAGGGAUUUAAGCCAAAUGAAACUUCCUUUCUCUCUCUUCUAAUUGCUUGUAGUCACUCAGGAAUUGUCGAAGAGGGGAUCAAAUUAUUCCAUAGCUUGGAGAGAGACCCUGACAUUGUGCUGACCGAAAAACACUACGCUGGUUAUGUGGAUCUUUUAAGCCGAGCAGGCUGA